GAGCGAGAGGGAGAGUGAAAAGGGCGACAAUUAGUAGAACUUUAAGUGAAACCCUCACUGUGCGACGGUUUUCAUAGAGGUUUCCCUCCUCGAGUUAUCGUUAAAAAGGAACAGAUUUGUUUUUUCUGCACUUAAAAGUGGAGCAGUGGGUGCAGAUGUGAGCUUCUAGCAAUGGAAUGCUUUCUGUCGACUGCUAGGGGGCUUGUGUGCGCCCCACACUCACUACCUCCCCAAACGUUGACGUGUUUUGUAAAGGGGACCACACAGGUCGUGAGUUUCAUUAAAUUUAUAAACAUUUUAUUUAUCCUGUAUGACGAGCAGAUUGCCAAAAACUACGUUGCUAUAGAAAUGAGUCCCACGAACUCCUCAAUGACGACCAAUCGUUGACCAGGAUUGUAAAUGGGAGAGGGGGCAAGGAAAACUUUCCUUUCUUUUUCUGGAAAAGGAGGGGUGUUGUGGGGAAAAGAUUAACGAAGCGUGAAGCGUAACUGCAAGAGGGGGACAAAGACACAUAGCGAGAGGAAAUGCUACAGUGAGAAGAGGCAGUCCUAAUGAAUUCAACCAAAAUAGUAUGGAAUGGAACAUGGAAAAUAUGAACGUUUUUGAAAGCCAAGAAAGUUGGACAUAUUUUGAAAAACAAGAGUAAAGACUUAUGCUUUCAAACGAGGGCACGAAAUGUGGAUAGUAGGUGUCCGAACUUUGGACUGCGCAUGUGGUCACUUUUUGUUCCAUUUUUACUGACACGACUGUGACAGAUUUGCGAGGGAUAGUGUUGCUUUGUUGCGUAGCUGACUCUAUGCAAAGGAUUUCAACAUUUUUACUCAUCCGUCCCAGACUGGAUUCAUUCUACCGCAUAAAACGGACUAUUAUUCCACAACUGUCAAGCGUGUAUUGGAGAGACAGAGGGACAUCUUUAGGUUUGUAGCUAGGCCUACUAAACACAUUUAUGUUUGGACCAUGAAUGCCUACUAAACACAUUUAUGUUUGGACCAUAAACGCCUCAUACUAAAUGGGUUUAUUAGUUACAUUACGUUUUAAAUUGAUCAUAGACUUGGCUGUCCCGCACUAACUGGAGGAAAAUGUGCGCAUCGUCGAACUAGAGCUCUCUCCAGCAUGAAAAGUUGGUGCAGCGCUCUGGCGCUCUUCUCAUCGGUGCUGUUGGCGCUAGAUGCCCAGUUAAUAUGUUGGCAAGCCCUGCUCCGAUGCCAUGAGGAGGCAGACUGUGAGCUUGCAUAUAGCCAGUAUCUAGCCGCCUGUGAAGGAAACAUUAGAGGCACCAGGAGGCAAUGCCCCAGCCACUGUAUCAACGCGUUGAUAAGACUGAAUCACACCCGCAACGGUCCUUACCUCGAGAGGUGUGACUGUGGUCAGGACAUGGAGUGUAGGGAUGCAAAGCGGGCGAUUGAGCCAUGCCUCCCCCGGAGGUAUCCUGGAGACGCGGGGGGGAUAGGAUGCACAGAGGCCCGUCAACGCUGUGAGGAGGACACCGGCUGCCACUCCUCCCUGACAGCCUACUUGUCUUACUGUGGGCAACUCUUCAAUGGCAGGAAAUGCUCGUCCAGGUGCAAGGCCACAAUACAACAGAUGCUAUUCAUCCCAAAUGGCAUGCUACUAAACCAGUGUGUGUGCGACGGGGUGGAAAGGCCGUUCUGUGAGGUAGUCAAGGAGAACAUGAGCAAACUUUGCCAGAUUGGAGACCACAGUGUUAUUUCAGACCAGGCAGAUAUGGACGAUAUGUAUGAGGAUGAAGACUAUGAUUCGAAAACAGAGGAGAUAUAUCCUCCUGACUCAAAUUCUAGUUCCUCGCAGCUGUCGAGCUAUAUGGCCUUAUUAUGCAUAAUUCUUGCACGGAUAUUCUUUUGAGAAUGAAUGUGACCUCUUGUUGUGACCUCUCAGUUGGACAGACAGGACAGUCUGCUCGGGGACGGGUCCAAUCUAAUGAGCACGUGGGUUUGAUGUAGCGAAUACUAUUUGCUCCUAGUAAUCUCCUAUGGGCCUAAUUGAUUUUUCAUAUUUUGAUGUGAUGCCUUAAUCUGGGACACAAGAAUGGUCAGGACGUUCAGACCACCAAUUCAGUUUGCAAACUAGGCCUAGGCUACUCAUGAAAUAUCCUAGGUGGAAACUGUUCUGGAGUGUAAAGAUCCAUAAAGUGAUUGUUUAGGGAGAAGUGAACCAAACUUGACUUCAUUGUAACGAUACUCCUCAUUGGGCAUUGCAGCCAUUACUUCUGGGCUACCUUUUAAGCUCUUAUGCCUAUUUGUUUAGUUUCGCCUCAAUGGUCCUUGGAGUGUGGCUUUAUUAAGACUUAAGAUAAACAUUGGACCAGUCCAGUUUCUGUUUGCUUUCCUCUCUAUUUUAGGGGCCUCUGCAUUGUUGCAGCCAUCACACUUCAAAUAUUUGUAGGGAACUGCCAGUGAACAGACAAGGGUUUGGAAUCAAGUAGGCCUAGUUAAAUUAGCUGAAGUGCCUCUCCAGCAGCCCCCCUACCCCCCAUGA